AUCGGCUAUAAAAAGAUGAGAGCCGAUGUUGUGCGCGCAGAUAGAAAUCGGCCUUACCGGUCGGUCAGCGAGCAGCACUUUUGGAAGGCCCGGAGCAAAGCGAUCGCCGCCGACCACUUCAAGAGGACUGAGGGAGACCACCAUGAAGGCGACGUGCGUGUUCCUGCUGGUCUCGCUCUUGGUCUGCGACUGGGGGACGACGUGCCGGGCGCGCGGCGUCUUCGCCGAGGACGCGCCGGACCCGGCGGCCGCCGACGACCUCCUCCUGCGGAGAGCCGAGAGCCUCCUGCUGCGGUCCAUCCUGAGGAAGAUGCGAGCCGAAGACCGCGACACUGAAGGACCCUCGCCCCAGACGGAAUGGGUGACAAAGCGGCAGCAUCCGGGCAAGAGGUACCGCGAGGAUUUGGACCAAGAAGAUGAGGCCGAUGGGGAGUUCUUGCCCGGUGUCGAAAGGAGGCAGCACCCGGGCAGGCGCGCCACGACCGGGCACCUUUCCGACCUCCCCGCGAUCGUCGCGCAGGGCGAGCUUGCCAAGCGGCAGCACCCGGGGAAGCGCGACUCGGCGCUGCGCGGCCGGCGGCAGCAUCCCGGUAAGCGACAACCGGAGGAGGAGGAGGAGGAGGAGGACGACGACGACGACGACGACGACGAGGAGGAGGAGGAGGAGGACCGGGGAGAUGGGGACCUCCCGGAACUGGAUAAACGCCAGCACCCCGGCAAGCGCCUUUGGGAUCGCCCGCAAGUGGCCACGACGAGUCCAUGCGAAGACGUCUCGGACCUUGUGACGUGUGCCGAAAGCAACCUGCUGCUGCUGCAGUUUUUAGACGACAUCGACAAGAGGCAACACCCGGGCAAAAGGUUCGCGCCGGCGGACGACGACGUUUUCGAGGACUGAGCGGGAGAACGCGUUAGGUCAGAGCCAAAUUCGUUCCGUUGUAAACAUAACUGUGUGAUUACUCGUCAUUAAAAUGAACUUUGAAAAAAAAGAUACAUUGAUUUAGUGUGCAUGAGUAAAAGAAA